ACCAGGCCUAAAACAAUCUGCAAAUCACACCUAAGCAUCGCUUUUGCCAUUGAGACUGCAAAUCCAUUAAAAUGCAGAGCUCAAAAUCCUUUUUAAUACGCGAUCUUCUUGGCGAUUUGAUUAAUCGACGACAAACAGAUUCGGAGCUGGAGCUCUCCAACGACGACUCGGAUAUAGACAUCGAGGAUCGAUCUACGCCGGACUCGACGGCUGCGGGCUGCCAGCAGGAUCUGCUGCUGUCGCACCAUCACCGCAGAUUCACCCACCACGACGAGUCCAGCGUGGAGUCCUGCCUGUCGGCCACAAGGGGUCCCGGCUCCGGCACAGGAUCGGCUGGCGGUGGAGGAGGUGGUGGUGGUGGUGGUGGAAUGGCCAGCGGAUUAAGUGCCGCUGCAGCGGCGGCGGGCGUGGCCGCUGGCCUCCUGGCAGCGGCGGCCAGUGGUGCCAACGGGGAUCGGGAUGGCAGUGGCCCCGGAUCGGGCGGCGGCACCAGUGGCGGCUAUGCGGAGCACAAGCUGCAGCUGAGCAAAAGUGGCCGGAAGCCGCGACGCCGCCGUACCGCCUUCACGCACGCCCAGCUCGCCUACUUGGAGCGGAAGUUCCGAUGCCAGAAGUACCUGAGCGUGGCCGAUCGCAGCGAUGUGGCCGAAACGCUCAAUCUGUCCGAGACGCAGGUGAAAACCUGGUACCAGAAUCGCCGAACCAAGUGGAAGCGACAGAAUCAACUGCGCCUGGAGCAGCUGCGUCAUCAGGCGACCAUGGAGAAGGACUUUGUGGUCCAGGAUGGCGGCGGUGCGAGCGGACUGGGCUGUUGCCCCAGCGGACUGAGCAGUUCGUUUAGUGCCGCCGCCGCCGCUGCAGCGGCUGCCAGCAAUCCGUGCAAUUUUCUCACUUCCGCCGCAGCGGCGGCCAUUUUCCGCAACGUCGGCUACGUCCACGGAUGUCCCAUGUAGGAGCCACGCCCCCCCAAACACUCCCACAAUUCAAAUUCCGAUUCCCCCAGCUGCCUGUGUAUAUAAUGCGUAUGAAGAAAACCGUUUUUGUGCAAUAACCGAUCGGGAUAUAUUAAUAAAAUUCAAGCGAUGUGCUUAUAUUUACCAAGCGCACCCGAUAUUA